AUGGAUGCCAGGCCUUCAGGUGUGGCAUUUUCCAUUCGCGACUCUGUUCGCCUCCUACCAGCCGAAGGAGCGACCACAGCGAGACGAUGCGCGGUCAUCCCAUCUUACCAACAUCUGACGCUGAUGAAUGUCCCGCGCGAUUUUCCCCUUUUCAGCUCUCACUCGGCAUCAACCGCUCGCAGCGAGAUGUUGGGCUCGGGGCCUGUUUACCCUGAGAGGUGCUCCAAGUGCCAGGCAGCUCUCUCUGAAGUCGAGGACAUACACGAUGGCCUCGGGAAGUUCUUUUUCCACACUUCUCUGGCAAAAGUGGAUGUCUCGAAAGAAGGCGAACUCGCGCGAGACCAAGAUGUCACGCACGUCCCAGCCCUGGUUUUUUAUGGCGAAGGGUCGAAAAGCCUGCCGGAGCAGUAUCGCGGGAAACUCACAGCUCGUCGCGUCUUCGACUGGCUGAGACGGCAAGACGGAUCUUUCUUCAGAGAUUUGACCGCCGUUCGUCGCGGCCAGAAGGCGCCGAUGGCCGUGGAAGAGGAAGAGAAACUUCUCAAGAAAGCCGCAGCGAACUCCCCAUUCACGACGGUCUUGGCCUACACCGUGCCGGGCAGCCCGAAGGACAAGCUGAUUAAGAGCAUUGCUCAAGAGGGCGAAGCUAUGCACGGAACGCUCUUCCAGUUUGUUCCCGUGCAAGACGCCAAGCAAAGCAAAAUCGAAAUCUACAAAGCAAAACUUCCCUACGAUCUGUACGAAGACGAGGAUAUCAUCGAUUACGCCGCACAGAAGUGGUCAAAAAACGAAAUCAAACGAAGCAUCUACGCGGCGUUCGACAGGCGCAUCUACCCCGACACUGACGCGUACGUCGACAGUCUCGCGCGGACGAAGGCACUCGCCACGAUUCUGUAUGAUGCGAAAAGCAGCGACUUCCAGGAGUACGUCGACCUCUUCCUGGACUUUGCGCGCGACAUGAAAGACAAGCUCGUGUUUACCUUCGCGAAUCAGCGGGACGCGAAGGAGACUGCCCAGUUCAUGGGUCUCGAUUCGGGCUGGCCAGCUGUUCUGAUCACCGAGACUGAGCAGGAAGGCAGGAAAAACGUCCUUCGAGCCGGAAGCUACUCGCUCGCCGCCGGCCCGAAGAAGUUCGUCCUCAAGGGCCCCUUCAACUGGGGCGCCGCUGACCUAUUUUUCAAAAACUUCGAAAACAAGAGACUGCCGGCGACGUUCCGCUCCAACCUCCCGCCGCUGCGAUCUGCCGCCCACGACGAAGCCGCGGUUGAGGACUUCAGCCAUUACAGCCUGAAGACUGCACUCAGCGGUCUCGGCAAGUGGAUCUUCGUCCUCUACUACGACGAACGCAACUGCGCGGCCUGCAAAGACGCCAUGCAGGUCUUUCUGGGCGUCGGCAAACGCGUUAAAAAAUGGACAGUCAAGGACAUUGUGCUGGCGCGGUUUCCGUCAGACCUGAAUGACCCUGUCGACCCGGCUGCGACGCUCCAGCGUCCCAUGCUCAUCGCCUAUCCGCCAGACGGAGAGAAGCUCGAGAGUCACAUUGUGUACGACAACGAAUUUGCGGAGGAGCCUGUUGUCAACUUCAUGAAGGCAGAAAUUCGGAAAAGGUGGAUGCGGUCCGAACUCUGA